CUUUUAGUGCACUCGGCGAAGGAGACGUGACGUGAGUCGCAUAACCUCAAAUACGCACGUGGAGGUGUGGGGAAGAGAGGAUCUUCGCGAUGGAUCUUGUCAAGUCGAUUCUAGAAGACGACAAGGACAAGACUGAUCUAAGUAAAUCCACGAAGGUGCACAAGGAUGUGGAGCUCGACAUCGAUCUGGGAACUCUGCUCGCGUUCGACUGUAACGCUCUGGACGCGAAAGCUCUCAAGUCGAAGCCGGAUGCGUACUUGAAAAGUCUGACGAGGGACAACGUACAGUUGCUGAUCAACAAGAUCUGGGAAUUGCCAGUGGAACGGGUGGACGAAGCUAUAGUGGCCAAGUUGCCCAAGCCUGAAUACGUGUUGCCACGCUCGCGCGUCAUUCCGAAGGCCAAGCCUUUGACAAAGUGGCAGGAGUUUGCCAAGAAGAAGGGAAUACAAACGAAGAAGAAGGGCAAAUCCAAGCUGAAGUGGGACGAGGAAUUGAAGAAAUGGAUUCCAACGUACGGCUAUAAACGAGCGAAGGUGGAGGAACAGAAGGAAUGGUUGAUAGAGGCCAAGCAGGAUGGUAGCCCGGCCGACGAUCCGUUUGCCAAAGUCAAAGCAACCAAGCAGGAGCGGCAGGCCAAAAACGAAUUGCAAAGGCUUCGCAAUAUAGCCAGAUCGAAAAACGUCAAAUUACCGAGAGUCGGUCUGCCUACCAGAGAACACUUCUCGAGUUCUCAACAGCUUUCCGAAGCUCUAACUAUAGCGCGUACGUCGACCGCAUCUAUUGGAAAGUUCCAGUCCAGAUUGCCAAAAGAGAGGGAUGCGAAAGGAAUUGCUAAGGAGGUGUCGGGAAUGAAAAGGAAAAGGAAAGCGCCUCCGUUAAGCACUAUCGAAGAGAAACGUCAGAACACAAGCCUGGUGGAUAACGUAUUGAAGAGCAACACCAAGCUGCUGCGCGAUGAUUACUCGACGGGAGUUGCAGAGAUAAAGCAGUCCGCAACAAGCGGCAGUAAAAAGAGGAAGGGCGCACUGAAAAACAGUAAAAGUAAAACUGCUAGAAAGCCGAAGGCGGGAAAAGGCAAGCGGGAUCUGCACAAGAAGAUUGGCGGUAGAAAGCGAAGAUAAAUUGAGAUGUCUGUAACAAUUAUUAUAGUGGUAAUAAAUCGAAUUUUGUUUAUAA